CUAUCUGUCACAUCUGGCGGGCUUAGGGGCUGUCGAAAUGAGCGAAAUAUAAAGGAAAGUUUUUUGAAGAGCUCCUCAACUCCGCAACAUGACGGUCCCCAAAGACAUCCCCGACAAGUGGUUCCCUAUGAUUCUUCCACUUCAGAGGAAAAAACGGAACCAAGUCGCCGGCGGUAUAAAGAAAAGAAAAGGCAAAGAGGAGGAGAGGAAGGUCCGGGCCAACGACAGAGAGUAUAAUGAGAAGUUCCAGUAUGCGAGCAACUGCAUCGUGACCUCCAAAUACAACGUCAUCACUUUCCUGCCGGUCAAUCUCUUUGAGCAGUUUCAGGAGGUGGCUAACACCUACUUCCUCUUUCUGCUCAUACUGCAGUUGAUUCCUCAGAUCUCCUCCCUCUCCUGGUUCACCACCAUAGUGCCUUUAGUGCUGGUGCUUAGCAUCACUGCUGUCAAAGACGCCACUGAUGACUAUUUUCGUCACAAGAGUGACAACCAGGUGAACAACCGUCAUUCUCAGGUGCUCAUCAAUGGCAUUGUACAGAAGGAGAAGUGGAUGAAUGUAAAAGUCGGCGACAUUAUCAAAUUGGAAAACAACCAGUUUGUGGCAGCUGACCUCCUUCUGCUCUCCAGCAGUGAACCACACGGCCUGUGCUACAUCGAGACAGCUGAACUAGACGGGGAGACCAACAUGAAGGUUCGCCAGUCACUGUCAGUCACCUCCGAGCUGGGAGACCCCAAUAACCUGGCCCGCUUUGAUGGCGAGGUGGUGUGUGAGCCCCCCAAUAACAAGCUGGACCGCUUCUGUGGCACGCUGUACUGGCGGGAGAGCAAGUACCCUCUCAGCAACCAGAACAUGCUGCUAAGGGGCUGUGUGCUGCGCAACACAGAGUUCUGCUACGGCAUUGUCAUCUUCGCAGGUCCUGAUACAAAGCUGAUGCAGAACAGUGGUCGCACAAAGUUCAAGAGGACCAGCAUCGACCGCCUUAUGAACACACUCGUGCUCUGGAUCUUUGGUUUCCUGGUGUGUAUGGGCGUGAUCCUGGCGGUGGGCAAUGCGGUGUGGGAGUUUGAGGUGGGCUUGCUGUUCCAGAGCUUCCUGCCCUGGGAGCCGCCUGUCAACAACGCCCUCUUCUCCGCCUUCCUCUCCUUCUGGUCCUACGUCAUCAUCCUCAACACCGUCGUGCCCAUCUCGCUCUACGUCAGUGUGGAGGUGAUCCGUCUGGGCCACAGUUACUUCAUCAACUGGGACCGGCGUAUGUUCUGUAGCCGUAGCAACACGCCUGCGGAGGCGCGCACCACCACCCUGAACGAGGAGCUGGGCCAGGUGGAGUACAUCUUCUCAGACAAGACCGGCACCCUCACGCAGAACAUCAUGACCUUCAACAAGUGCUCCAUCAACGGACACGCUUACGGUGAUGUGGAUCCGGUCCCACCCCCGGGCAAGAGGCCGCAGCCCCUGGAUUUCUCGGUGUGGAACCCGUUAGCUGACGGGGGCCUGUGCUUCUACGACUCCUCUCUGCUGGAGGCGGUGAAGACGGGAGAGCCGGCCACGCAGGAGUUCUUCAGACUGCUCUCCCUCUGCCACACCGUCAUGAGCGACGAGAAGACAGAGGGUGCGUUGUUUUAUAAGGCCCAGUCUCCUGAUGAGGGCGCUCUGGUGACAGCGGCUCGUAACUUUGGCUACGUGUUCCGGUCGCGUACGCCGGGGACCAUCACAGUGCAGGAGAUGGGCAAGCCUGUCACAUACACACUGCUGGCCAUCCUAGACUUCAACAACAUACGCAAGAGGAUGUCUGUUAUAGUGCGGAACCCUGAGGGUCGUAUUCGUCUGUACUGUAAAGGGGCAGACACUGUGCUGUUUGACAGGCUCCACCCCUGCAACCACCACCUCAUGAACAUCACCUCCGACCACCUCAAUGAGUAUGCCGGGGACGGCCUGCGUACGUUGGCGCUGGCGUACCGGGACCUGAGUGAGGAGGAGUGGGAGGGCUGGUCAGAGCGCUACAGGGGGGCGGGGAAGGCAGCCGACUGCAGAGAGGACCGACUGGCAGCCACCUACGAGGAGAUCGAACAGGACAUGAUGUUACUAGGAGCUACAGCCAUAGAGGACAAGCUUCAGGAAGGCGUGCCGGAGACCAUAGCCAUCCUCUCCCUCGCCAACAUCAAGAUCUGGGUGCUCACUGGAGACAAGCAGGAGACUGCAGUAAACAUCGGCUACUCGUGUAAGAUGCUGACGGACGACAUGACUGAGAUCUUCAUCAUCAAUGGCCACACAGUUCAAAGUGUCCGAGAGGAGCUCAGGCGAGCGCGGGAGAGGAUGGUGUCCCACUCCAGAGGAGAGAAGGUGGACGAGGCCGAGGGCUGGAGCCAGGCCUGUUCCCUCAGUAAUGGCGUGGGGGGUGGAGACCCAGCGGGCUGGCCCCACCCCCACCCCCAGCACAAGGAGAAGCAGGAGGCGCACGCACAGCAGGAGGCGCAGCAGGGGAGAGAGGAGGCGCAGGGAGGGGCUACUAAACUGGGGGGCAAGAGAGCUCCUGCUCCCUCCCUGCUGGAGUCCAUCUCUGGGGAGUUUGCCCUGGUCAUCAGUGGCCACAGCCUGGCGCAUGCUCUGGAGGGGGACAUGGAGCAUGAGUUUGUGGAGACGGCGUGUGCGUGCCGGGCCGUCAUCUGCUGCCGGGUGACGCCGCUGCAGAAGGCCCAGGUGGUGGAGCUCAUCAAGAGGCACAAGAAGGCCGUCACCCUGGCCAUCGGGGAUGGAGCCAACGACGUCAGCAUGAUCAAGACGGCCCAUAUCGGCGUGGGUAUUAGCGGUCAGGAGGGCAUCCAGGCGGUCCUCUCCUCUGACUACUCCUUCUCCCAGUUCCGCUUCCUGCAGCGCCUCCUGCUGGUGCACGGCCGCUGGUCCUACCUGCGCAUGUGCCGCUUCCUCUGCUACUUCUUCUACAAGAACUUCGCCUUCACCAUGGUGCACUUCUGGUUCGGCUUCUUCUGCGGCUUCUCCGCUCAGACGGUGUACGACCAGUACUUCAUCACGCUGUAUAAUAUCGUCUACACAUCCUUGCCUGUGCUGGCUAUGGGCAUUUUUGAUCAGGACGUCCCUGAGCAGCGUAGUCUGGAGUACCCCAAGCUGUACGAGCCGGGCCAGCUCAACCUGCUCUUCAACAAGCGGGAGUUCUUCAUCUGCAUCGCGCAGGGCAUCUACACCAGCGUGGUGCUCUUCUUCGUGCCCUACGCCGUGCUGUCGCACGCCACACAGGCCACCGGCACGCCCCUGGCUGACUACCAGACCUUCGCUGUCACCACCGCCACCGCGCUCGUCAUCGUGGUCAGCGUACAGAUAGCGCUGGACACGGGCUACUGGACGGCCAUUAACCACUUCUUCGUGUGGGGCUCGCUGGGCGCCUACUUCACCAUCCUCUUCACCAUGCACAGCAGCCUGCUCUUCAGGUUCUUCCCCAAGCAGUUCCACUUCCUGGGGAGUGGGCAGAACACCCUGGAGCAGCCGGUGGUGUGGCUGACGAUCGCCCUGGCAACAGUCAUCUGCAUUGCCCCUGUCCUGGCCUUCCGCUUCCUCAAGCUGGACCUCAAACCCCAGCUCUCUGACACGGUGCGCUACACACAGCUGGUGCGCCAGAAGAGGCGCAAGCUGGGCGAGGGCCGCGGCGGCGCGGGGGUGUCGGGCGUGGGGCUGGGCGCGGGCGCGCUGGGUCGCCUGGGCCGUGGAGGCUCCCGCCGCUCGGGCUACGCCUUCGCCCACCAGGAGGGCUUCGGCGAGCUCAUCACCUCGGGCAAGAACAUGCGCCUCAGCUCCCUGGCGCUCGCCACCUUCGCCUCGCGACACAGCUCCAGCUGGAUCGACACGCUGCGCAAGAAGAAGCACGCCAAUGCUGCCAACAACGCUGCCGGCGCCUCCCCCGCCCCCUCCAAUGGUGCCCAUAACCACAGCAGCGGCAGCAGCAGUAGUCACCAGGGCACACCCGUACCUGCUGCGGCUGCGGGCCCUGCCUUGUCCAAGUCCUCCUCCGUCUGCAGCCAGCAGGGCACGCCUACACCUCACACCCCCUCCCCCUUAGCUCAGGCCCAGCCCUGCUCCAGCUCCUCCUCUCUCAACAGCCAACAGGGUGCCCCUCAUACCUCCCCGCCCAGAGCAGCACCAGCAACAGCACCAGCAUCAGCACCAGCAUCAUCUGCAGCUUCCACCCCACCUCUCUCCAACUCGUCCUCCCGCAGCGCUUCGCAGGAGGAGGCUGAGGUGGAGGUGGUGGUCCCCAUCCCUGCGGCUGGCCCAGGGGGUGUGGCUGAUGGAGCUGGAGGGAGUCAUGUGGUGCUGGAGUUGAGUCCCGCUGGAGACCGUGCAGCAGGGAGCAGCCCCAGAGCAAUGCAGGAGGCGUUGUCCGGGUCGAAAGGAGCAGGAGCAGCCGUUUUCGAAGGUGGUGGAAGAAGCAGUCCAGGCCCGCCUAUCAUGGAGGAGAGUCCUGGUUGCCUGGCCGAGUGACAAGAUGAUUGACAGACUCAGUAGCCAAUGGCGAAGGAAGACCUCAAAGAGACCAGUCCUUUGGAAGUCCCACUUCGUGCUGAUGUAGGCCUGGCUUCCUGACUCACUGGAGAGAAGGGAACCGCGAUGCAGCUUUAGCCAUCAGAAGUGGAAGAAUCGUGUGUGUAUGUGUGUGUGUAUACACAAAAUAGUGGAAGGGUGUUGUGUGUGCAAACAAACCCACGCACAUUCAUGGACUUUGGCUAUGUGUACUGGGCCCGUCAUGUAAUGCGCACACUACCUAACGUGACACGUGGUUCUUUGCCUUGACGCAAACAGGAACAAGAACAAAUGUGAAAGUUUUUUUUUAGUACUGGACAAUAACAUCUUCGAACAGUCAAUGCACUGUGCAUUCAAACAUAUCUGAACAUUGUUUUCGCUGUCUGUUAGGCUAUUGCAAAAUUACAUUUUUGCUAAAACUGAACAAAAAAAGGGAAAAGAAAAAAAGGAAGUCCAAGUGUCUUGGUCUGUGCUUAGAAGUAAAAACCUUAAAGUGAUGCAAAAUGAGGAAGUAAGGGGAAAGGGUUUCUCCCUAAUGUUAGUUUCCUCGGGAGACUGGCCUUUAAGUGUCCCGGUCGAAGUCUUGCCUGACUGCUCCACUGUACUGUGUACUUGUAUUCAUUCACUCAGCUCUGGAGUUAACUCUGCCUAAAGAACAAGCACCCCGAAAUGCCAUCAAUUCAAUGUGGUCCACGCCUUUCGUCCAAUGAAAUUUGUCAGCCCAUGUCCAUUGUCCGUGUUAACUUGUUGCCACAGUUUUCACAGCAAUGAACUUUUGUACACCUUCAAUCACUUUUAAAGCGGAUUGGGUGCACCUCAAACCACUUUCAAAAGGGAUUCCAGAGUUUUCCAGAAUUAUCUUAGUACCCCAGACCAUCACUUAGGAAACAGUUUGAGAGGUGCAGAGGCAUUUUCUCUUGCUGUGUGAAUAGAAUGUACAGUUGCUGUAGCCACCCAUUCAGAGAUGUAGCCAAGCUUCACACUUCAAUGUGCACUCUAAAUGACAUGUUCACUUGCUUUCCAGAUGGUGAAUUCAACAUCUGUUGUCUUUGAAAAUCUCAUUUUAAUUGCCAUUUUUCAUAAGAACGAAUAAGAAAAAAAUGUAUGUUGAUUGAAUGUCAAGUGAUUGUCUUACAUGUUUUCAUAUCUCAUACUUCUAUCCCUUACUCUCCAUAUCUCAGAUCCAGUUAUGCAUUCAAUAUUAUAUUUUUAAAUACCGGUAAGUGGAUUAAAAUAUGAAGCUGUUACCUGUGAAUGGGUGGCUGUGGCACUUGGAUACUGAUUAUUUGCUGGGAAGUCAUAUCUUUGUAAACCUUGUCUGUCACACAAAGUUACAACCUCAUCCACAUAAACGUCAGUGCGUGUUGCACCUGUGGUUUAUUGGACAGUGACCUGUCACUCAAGAAGAUUGACGGCCAACUGGUCCAGUUAAAAAAAAAGUCCCAGCAGUAGUUUUCUGGAAAAUCAGCAUCAGCAAGGACAAAAAAGGAAAUGAAGACUGUACUGUGUUUGAAAUGUGUGGCAUGUAUUUUCUGUAUGUAAAUAUGUGUACUACGCGCUUGUGCGCGUGUUUUUGUGUUUUUCAUAGUUCUUAAUGAGAACGUGUAAAGAAUCUUUGCCAGGCACAAUGGAACUUAAAAAAACACUUCAUACUUCAUGCCUGCUGCUAAGUUAUAUGCCACAUUGGCGUCUGAUUCUCCGGACCCCAGACACACGCACAUGCGCACGCACAAAGACGCACACACACACACACACACACACACACACACACACACACACACACACACACACACACACACACACACACACACACACACACACACACACACACACACACACAAAGCACCUGAGUUGCCCUGGCUGGCUUGGACUAUAUCCCUGUACAUGACAUUGCCUACCAGCAAGCACACAAUUCGAAAGACCAUACCAGACCGGAUGUCCACUCUCACGUCCACUCAACCUCUAAAGACUGUUGAAACCAAACCUCUGUUGGUCAGUGUCUGCUGUGCAUUGCUGGUCUGAGAGGCACUUCAGCGAGCGCUCAAGCUAGUUCAAAACUCAACUGUGUGACUGACACUUAAAAAAAAGCCUACAUCCUUAAUUCAAAGUGCAUUCAGAAGACAAAGUAUUUAAAAGCGUUGCUAUCAGAAAUUAAUAUAAUAACUUUAACAGCGCUCUCUCUCUCUCUCUCUCUCUCUCUCUCUCUCUCUCUCUCUCUCUCUCUCUCUCUCUCUCUCUCUCUCUCUCUCUCUCUCUCUCUUCUCCCAGCAAUAUCUUGUAUGGUACUGUAUGAAUGUUUAGGAACACCCUGCUUUGCAGAUUUGUAGUUAUGUAUAGUUAGUAAAGUGAUCAAAUGAUUUUAA